CCAGAACAAUUCAGUUGGUUACCCAUCGCCUCGUCGACAGGUUGGGUUGCUUUCGUUACUUUUUAAUUUGAUUUAUAUCGGACAAAGGCGCGUUUUGUGAAAUGAUCAAUAUCGCCGUGUUGUUUUAAAUAUCAAUAUACAUUUUUGGAUGCAGUGUUGUAAGGUGUUGAUGACUUGCCACGUUUUCAGCUAGCCCUGUUCUUAAAAAAGGGCUGUCACCAUGUUGCAGCAGAUACUGCGUGACAUGUGGGUGGACCCGGAGAUCCUCGCCGAGCUCGAUGAAACUCAGAAACAGACACUAUUCUGCAAGAUGCGAGAAGAACAGGUGCGUCGCUGGCAGGCGUGGGACCAGAAGGUGAGCAAAGAUGAUGAACGGCCCAAAUUCCAGAAGAACGUCAAGAAACAAGUGCAAUUCCUUAAGGGCGAGGAUGGAGAGCCUUGGGUGUGGGUGAUGGGUGAACAUCCAGAUGACAAGUCGAUAGACACUAUACUGACGGAGGAAGCAAGGCAGCGGGUGUUUGCUCAGGCGCGUGAGGAAGCCCACCAGCUCAGGAAAUCAGUGGAGAAGGAACUCACACAGCUCAUAGACUACAAACCACUCGACAGUUUAGAACAGAAAUUUGAUCUGUCACCGAAAACAUUAGACCCAUUAGAAGAUACUUUAGAAAUAUACUGCACAGUGGAUGAACUUCGUCAGAGAAUCGAGGCCUUGGAGCCUGAGGUGAAGAUCUCUGACAAUGGCAUGAGGGAUAUUGGCGACAGCGCGGACUACUGUAGUGACACCUUGAAGUUGGACCUCAACAAGAAUACCUUGCAUUUCAACUUUAUCGAAGGCAAGAGAGAUGUAUUACAGGAACUGGGCGGGGGUUGUGCGGCCGGCGUGAGCACGCGGGUGGCGGCGUGGGAGCGGCGCGUGGCUGCGGCCCGUGCUGGAGACUUGCUGCGCGGACUGCGCGCGAGACGCGCUCGUGCUCUCCGCGACAACCAGAUCAGGGACGACGACCGCGCCUGGCUCGACCAAGAGCGCAAAGCAAAAGAAGCAGAAGCUACGAUGCGUCAAAUCGCACGACAAGCGCGAGAGGCUCAUCGGCGUAGCACAGAACUGCGGGGAGUCCAACCACCACCCCAGCCGCAAGCUGGAAAACCACCAAGCAGAGAGGCGGUGAUGGAGUGGUUCAGGACACAGGAACUGAAGCGAGGCGUGGGGCUCGAUGAUAACAAUAAACCCAUAGAAUGGUUUCAUGGUCUGAUCACCCGAUCAGAAGCAGAGCAGAUUCUGUCUGGUCAGCCGGCGGGUAGCUUCUUGGUCCGUAUCUCGGAGCGCGUGUGGGGAUAUGCGAUCUCGUACCGCGAGGGUGGUCGCUGCAAGCACUACCUCAUAGAGACAGGAGGGGUCGGCUACCGGCUGCUGGGGGCGGACCAACCCACACAUGACACAUUAGCUGAUCUCAUAAAUUAUCAUAAGAAAGUCGCCAUCACAGAGAGUGGCGGUGAACUGCUGCGGACAGCGUGUGUAGUCGCGCAGACUCCCGCCUGCCUUGCAGCCGCUACUUGAGCCUUCCGCCACCUACCUUACACUCGUAAGAGGCAGACACCUGCCUUACAUUCGUCACACGAGAUACCUGCCUGUCUAUCUCACACUUAUUGCGCGAAGCAACCGUUCGCCUGCCUUAAACUCAUAUGAGGCAGCCAUCUGCCUUACACCCGUCACGUGAGACUUUUAUAUCUCACCCUAGUUACGAGAGAUAUAAAGAAGACGUCUGCAUGUCUGCCUUAUAAUCGUCUUUCGAGAUUACUGACUGACCGUCUCACUUUCGUAACUUCAUGUCUUAUUUAUCAGUGAGCGAUGGGAUACCGCAAUUUGCCUUAUUUUCAAUGCAUGAGGUAGGCCUUGUACUCAUCACUUGAUCUGGAUAAAUCUGCCUUAUCCUGGUUACGUAAAAAACGUGGCUUUUCUGUUUUCUACUUUAUUUUUUUAUCUAUGUUUUUAAAACUCUCUUUGUAUAAAAUACAUAAAUUAAAUCUGUGAUUAGGUUUUUAAUACUAACUGUGUGACAAUAAAUACGGUAGAUCUGUAACUUACGACGCAUGUGAGGCGCCUAACUCGAGUCUACUAUAUCAGUUCACUGCCAAAUUAUCUUGGUAUUUAUGAGAAUCUUAUAGAAUAUUAAAUACCAAACUAUUCAAUUUAAUCAGAGAGCUAAUUACUUAGUACUUACUUCCUCAAUCAUACAAACAUUAGUCUUCCAAUAAAUUAUUAGGUAUUUGUGUGUUAAAUAAAUUUAGAGAUUGAAUUUUUGUCAUAAAUUACAAUAUGUUUGGAAAAAAUAUUGUCAGUUCGAUUGUUGUGAACACACUCGGCGGACGUUCUGUGUUAGCUCUGCUUUGUCUAAUCUUGUAACUCCUAUGAGAUUUAAUGCAUCAGUCAUAUAUUUAGUCACUAAGCUAUCUUUUUGUAUAUUAUUAUAGUUUCACCUUUAUCGCUAGUUUUAAGGACGUGAUAAGCCGAGAUUUAAUAUUGUUACUACACGAAAUCAACGGCACAUUGUGUUAAGUUAAGAAUGUUAUCAUAUUCUAUGAUAAGUUUAUGCUAAUGUAUUGUGCCUGUAUUGUAUUCGUUGGCAAUUAUCCGUGGUGCUAACAAUUGAUUCGAAUAAAUUAUACCCCCUCACAAUUUAUCUAUAGUAGGGGUUGAUCUCGAUAGUUCGAAAGAUCUAAAACACUGCCUUCCUUAUUCAUAAAAAUCAACGUUCAAUUAUUUUAGCUAUCAACUAUUUAAUCCUAAUUUUUAAUGAAAUAAAAUUCCUAAUUUGAAAGAGUAUCAUAUAAUAUUGGAAUAAUUUACGACAGACGGACAGAUACUGACACAAGUUGAAUCUGUGGUCGACCAUAGUGCUACCGAUUACCGGUGUUAUCUACUCUGUGCUUCCCUUAUUAUUUUCUCUAUAUUUAGUGUUUCUGAUCAUCUUAUUCAGUAAUAUAAGUUUGUUUUUGUGAAUAAGUGAGUAAGUAUAUGCAUUUUUAGCAAUAAUAAGAACAAAGUAUGUUACUUUACUGUGUAGUUAUUUAUUGUGAUAAUCAACCAAUCUCCUAUAAAUACACAUCGCUGCAGUAUUACAAUGCUUAAAA